GCUGGUUUGUCAGCGAUCGUGGCUUUGCCAGCCGCGACAUCCCUCCCUGCCAAGCACUUCGGGCUCAUUGACCGAGGCGUCAUUGCUGCUGGUUUGCGAGCGGAUCUGUUUCUAAUCGAGGGUGACCCCACAGAAGAUAUGGAGGCUUCACGACGAAUCAAGAAAGUGUGGAGUGGCGGCGUUGAAGUGCAG